CUUGGGGAGGGCGCGCACUGGGCGCGGAGCAGCGCGGCCGAGCCCACAUGGAGGGGCUGGCACGCUCGGGGGUCGCCGUGCGCUCGCUCCGGCCUCCGGGCCUGGGUGGCCUAAGGCGGAGCCCAGGCUGGAGCCGACACGUGGGGGCGGAAGACGCCCCCGCGCGGGACCCCGGGGCCGGGAACGUUCCGGUCCGGGGAAGGCGAGGGAGCCGGCCGGGGGCGGCCAACUUCCCUCGCCUGCUCGCGCCAACUCCCACUCGGCUCUCCUCCUUGCAGCGCGCCCGCAGGGAGGCCGGAACCCGGGUGGGGGGGCGCAGCGUGGCACAGACCACCCCAACCCCACCUCUCGGGUGCCCGCUCCCGCGUCUCGGCUUGGGGACCCGGGCCGGGGAUUGAGCCUCCGUCCCAGCCUGCGAGACCCCGCGCCCCGCGUCCGCUCUGCGCCUGGAAGCGCCAAGAUCCCCAAGACGGAGACCUCGGGGCCCCCGGACGUGGGCCGGGGAGGAGAGUCGAGUCGGCCCGGGUUGGCCUUGAACACGCCGCCACGCCCCCUCCUGCCCUGGCCACGCGGGGCAGGGCGUGGGCUCGGAGCGGGCUCGGCAGCCGGGCGCGGAGCAGACGCCGGCUGGGCGCGCGGCCCCUCGGAUCCGCCGGUGCUCCGGAGCCCCCCGCGGCGGCCGGGAUGACGGCGCCUCGGCGGAGGUGAAAGCCGGGGGGGGGGCCGGGGAAGGGUGGUGGACACGGGGGGCCGGCGCGCCCCGAUCGGCGGCGUUGGCGGCGGCGUUGGCGGCGGCGUUGGCCCGGGGAGCUGCCCAACGGGCAUGGGCACGGCGGGCGCCGCGCGUCCCGGGCCCGGCUGAGCUGAGCGCCGCGCCCCGCGCCCGCCCGGGAGGGCACCCUCGAGGGGCCGGGCCAUGGCCGGCCGGGGCUGCGGCUGCUGCCCGGGCCACCUGAACGAGGACAACGCGCGCUGCCUGCUGCUGGCCGCGCUCCUCGCGCUCUACCUGCUGGGCGGCGCCGCCGUGUUCUCGGCGCUGGAGCGCGCGCCCGAGCGCCAGGCCAAGCAGCGCUGGGAGGGUCGCCUGGCCAACUUCAGCCGCAGCCACAACGUGAGCCGCGAGCAGCUGCGCGCCUUCCUGCGCCACUACGAGGAGGCCGCCGAGGCCGGCAUCCGCGUGGACAGCGUGCGGCCGCGCUGGGACUUCACGGGCGCCUUCUACUUCGUGGGCACCGUCGUGACCACCAUAGGGUUCGGCAUGACAACACCCACGACGGUCGAGGGGAAAAUCUUUCUGAUCUUCUACGGCCUCGUGGGCUGCGCCAGCACCAUCCUGUUCUUCAACCUCUUCCUAGAGCGCCUCAUCACCGUCAUCGCCUACGUCAUGAAGUCGUGCCACCAGCGGCAGCUGCGGAGACAGGGGGCUCUGCCCCCGGAGAGCCCCGCCAAGCCGGGAGCGGCCCGCGCCGACGGCCCGAGCGCCUGGAAGCCCUCGGUGUACUACGUUGUGCUGAUCCUGUGCGUGGCCUCGCUCCUCGUGUCCUGCUGCGCCUCGGCCAUGUACGCCGCCUUCGAGGGCUGGACCUACCUGGACUCGCUUUACUUCUGCUUCGUGGCCUUCAGCACCAUCGGCUUCGGGGACCUGGUCAGCAGCCAGAACGCCAAGUAUGACAGCCAGGAGCUCUACCGCCUGGCCAACUUCAUCUUCAUCCUCAUGGGCGUUUGCUGCAUCUACUCCCUCUUCAACGUCAUCGCCAUCCUCAUCAAACAGCUGGUGAACUGGAUCCUGCGGAAGCUGGAGGGGAGGUGCUGCCGCCUGGGCCCCGGGGGGUUCCUGCAGACGCGCAGGAACGCCGUGACCCCGGGCCACUUGCACAACCGCGGGAACAUCUCCAUCGACACGGACGGGGUGCUGGAGAGUGACACGGACGGGCGGCGGCUGUCCGGGGAGAUGAUCUCCAUGAAGGACUUCCUGGCCACCAACAAGGUCUCGCUGGCCAUCCUGCAGAAGCAGCUGUCGGACACGGCCAACGGCUACCCGCACCAUCCCGGCUCACUGUCCCAGGACGAGUUCUCGGGCGGGGUGGGAGCCCUGGCUAUUAUGAACAACAGGCUGGCGGAGACCAGUGGGGACAGGUAGAUGCCAGGGGUCAGCCCUGGGCACGCGGGCCCUGGGGAGGGGGCUGUGGACCAACGGGCUGUCCUCCGGCCCCACUCUGCAGCCUGUUUUCUGAAACCUCCAGCCCAGCGUCAGAAAGCUCCUCUCCGGGCCCCAGCCACGAGUGGGCAGCCGGCAGGGCGGGCACCUGAGGCUUCCAUGCCCAUCUCCCAGUCUCCAUCCCUCACACCCAAGUCCAGUCUUUCUACAAGAAUCACAAAAGCAUCCACAUCGCUCAGUGGCCUCAGCCCCGGGAUUCUGACUGGCACGGGAGGGAGCCCGGUGGCCCGCCAGGCUCUGGCCCUCACUGGAAAGCAAGAUCCUCAAGCUCCUACUUUCCUCCCUGGAACUCUGGAUGGCUGAAGCCGCCCCUGCAGAAGACGCCAAAGCAGGGCGUUGCUGGACGCGGCGCGUGCGCUCGCCUUUUGUUGGGCUUCUUCCGAGCAGGCUUGUCAGUGGUCCCAACGCGAGGGAGACCAUCUGUUCUCUGCAUCCUGCUUCUCCAUUCUUGUAUUUUUAGGAGCAAGGUGUCCGUGGGAGACCAGGCGGUAAGAGAACCAAGCUUGGCUGCAGUUCCUUAAGCCUCAACCAGGCGGUAGGAGAAAUUAACUUGUGUAACUCAAGAAGAGUUUGGUUGCAGAAACGGUCAUUUUUUUUUUACCGCUCUGCAAUAAUGGCUAUUUAUUUAAAAAGAACAUUUAAUAAAUGCUCAUUUUAUUAACUAA